AUGGCGUACUUUGUGUCCAACAGUUCGGACUCACUAUUCGGUCCCGCGUAUGAGGGCCCGUUCAGGCACUUUGACUUCACAGUCCUUUUCGAGGAUACCAUCCUUACCAUUGUUCCCGCUACCCUCUUCCUCAUUUCUGCGACUGCUAGAGCAGCAUGGUUGACGAGCAAACCGAACAAGGUCACCACCUCCUUGAGCCGGUUGACCAAGCUUGUUCUUCUAUCUGCAUUUGUCACGGUGCAAUUGACGGUGCUUCUCGCCCGAGCAACAAACUCAGAAGCAGCAACGAAGGCGUCUGUCGCCGCGGCUGCCCUUGACUUUGCAGCCUCUUGCGUGCUCUUCGUUCUGUCUUGCUUCGAGCACUCUCGUUCGGUGACACCGUCCACCAUCAUCGGGCUUUAUCUGGUCGUUUCGUGUCUUUUCGGUGCGGUACAGUUGCGGACGUUCUAUCUGCUUCGUGGAUAUGCUGCUAAAAGCAUUGCCAAUCUAUUGUCCCUGUCGUUGGCGAUAAAGCUGGGAGUGCUGGUCACCGAAGCUGUCGAGAAGCGAAGUAUCCUCCUGGAACCAUAUCGAGAUCUCCCGCCGGAGGCCACUAGUGGUGUCUACAACAAAUCAGUCUUCUGGUGGCUGAACCCGUUAUUGAGGCAGGGGUUUGGCAAGACCCUGAAACUGGACGAUCUCUAUCACCUGGAUGAGCAACUUGCCUCUACCAAUGUCUCCGCCCGGUUCGGACGGGCGUGGGCAGAUACCAAAGAACACCACCGGUUCACCCUCUUUUUCGUGUCGGCCAACGUCCUGAGAUGGCCGCUUCUGGUCUCGGCUUGUCCUCGCCUUCUCCUCGCCGGGGUCAAAUUUGCACAGCCGUUCCUGGUCCAGGAAACUAUUCAAUAUGUCGGGAACCGUCACAACCAGACCGCGGCCGUCGGGUGGGGACUGGCAGGGGCAUACUUCCUGGUCUAUCUCGCGCAAGCUAUUCUCACGGCCGCAUCUCGUCAUCUUCUGAAUCGUUGCGUCACUGAAAUACGAGGAGGGCUGAUUUCCCUACUUUACCAAAAGACGCUUGAUCUCAGUGUCGUCACGGUCGAUCCGUCGGCGUCUUUGACUUUGAUGUCAUCUGAUAUACAGAGAAUUGUUGAUCCCCUCACGUUAUUCCAUAUGACCUGGGGCAGCAUGGUCGAAUUAUGCAUCGCCAUGUAUUUGCUGUAUCGAAACCUGGGCACUGCAUGUUACGCCCCAGCGAUUGUGUAUGCACUCUCGGUGCUGGGCGCGGCCUGGGUGGUCAAAGUCAUCGGUCAAUAUCAAAAGCGGUGGCUGACCGCAGUCCAGACUCGUGUCUCUUUCACUUCGGCCUUGCUCCAUUCUAUGAGGAAUGUCAAACUCCUCGGCAUGUCCUCAAUUGUCAAGGAUCGCACGCAGGGACUUCGACAGUGGGAGAUUCACGAAUGCAAGCGGUAUCGUAUUAUCAACAAUGUCCAGAUAUUCGUCCAAAACUCACACAUUGUCUUUGCACCCUUUGCAACAUUCCUUCUAUACUACAUCAAGUCUAGGAACACCGGAGAAGCCCUCGAUAUAGCGACCGCCUUCGGCAUUUUGACUAUAUUCAGAUUGGUUGAACUACCCAUGAACAACCUGUUGUACAGCUGUCCUCAAUUGGCGAGUUCCCUUUCAUGCUUUGAACGGAUUCAGAAAUAUCUCCUCUCGAACUCUCGCCACGAUGACCGGCUCUCUCUGGCCCAUCCCGAUGAUUCGGACGGUUCCUGGUCCGGGUUUGCGGUGGGUGCAGAGUCUGUCGAGAUGCAACGUUUGAGACAAGCGAGAAGGAGCACUUCGGAGGCCUUGGUCUUGAAAAAUUGCUCUUUCGGUUGGAGCGAACAGAGUGCUCCCGUCGUGCAGGAUGUCGAUCUGUCCGUGCGCGCUGGCUGGAUUACCAUGAUCAUCGGUCCCGUGGGCUGCGGAAAGUCCACUUUGCUCAAGGGCGUUCUGAGCGAAACCCCGGUGUCUCGUGGAUUUGUUUAUAUUUCGAGUCAAUCUGUCGCCUUUGCUGAUCAGGAGCCCUGGAUUCAAAAUGGCACGGUUAGGGACACCAUUCGCGGUCCGGACUCAAGAGAUAUUCCUUACGAAGGAGAUGCCUGGUAUCACGAAGUCAUCGACUGCUGUGGACUGAGAGAAGAUGUCUCCAUGUUUGCAAUGGGCGACAAAACCAUGAUCGGUUCCAAAGGAAUUUCUCUGAGCGGCGGACAAAGACAACGACUUGCUCUUGCUAGAGCUGUCUAUUCCAAGGCGCCCAUCCUUGUGCUGGACGAUGUCUUCUCUGGCCUCGACAACGAUACGGAGGAGCUGAUAUUCAAGAAGCUUUUCAGUCGCUCCGGACCCCUAAGGCGGCACAAUACAACGGUCAUCUUGGUUACUCACGCUGUACAUCGACUCCCAUACGCAGAUUGCAUCGUGAGCCUCGACGCAAAUGGCCGAGUUUGCGAACAGGGUAGCUAUCUCGCUCUGGUAAAUCAGGGUGGCUAUGUCCACAGCCUCGACGUUCGAUUCAGAGAAGAGCACGACGACCCCGCAAAGGAAGAAGAAAUCAAGACAUCGGCUGAUGUCGAAACAGUAUUCAAAGUAUCCACAGGAUCCCAGACAGUCGAAGAGGAGAAUGAAAUUGCUCAAGAUCUGCUGCGAAGGACCGGCGAGUGGUCAACAUACAAGCUCUGGUUUCGCUCUUGCGGAUACAUCUCGAGUCUGCUGUCCGUUGUGUGGGCGUUUCUCUUCGUCAUUGCCAGUCAGGCACCCGGUGUAUUGGUCAAAGUCUUCCCGGGCGACACUCCUUCUCAAGCGACCACAUUCAUCGUCAUCUUCGGGAUAUCAUGCAUUAUUGCCGCUGUCUCAAUCGUGUUGCUGGUCAUUCAGAUCCUUCUUGAUAUGCAGCCCAAAAGCUCCAGCAACCUCCAUCUUCGCCUGCUAGAAGCAGUCCUGAACGCGCCACUGUCCUUCUUCACCCGCACCGAUAUUGGAGCGGCCACGAGCAGAUUCGGCCAGGACAUGGCUCUUGUCGACUCCGACUUGCCAUUUUCAUACGCGGAUUUCGUACUAUCUCUUGUGUCCUGCGUUGCCGGACUGGGACUCAUGGCCGCCUCCGGCGCGGGAUACUUUGCUGCCACCAUUCCCGUUGUCCUCGCCGCCCUCUAUGGAAUCCAAAAAUACUAUCUGCGAACCAGUCGCCAAAUGCGUCUUUUAGAUUUGGAGGAGAAGGCCCCGCUUUACACAUUGUUCGGUGAGACCGUCGCCGGACUGGUAAGUGUGCGUGCCUUUGGAUGGGCAGAUAAAUUCGCCCAGCGGAACUUGGAGCUCCUGGAUCGAAGUCAGCGGCCGUUUUACCUCAUGUACUGUAUUCAACAAUGGCUCGGGGUUGUCCUGGAUCUAUUGGUGACUGCUCUUGUAACGAUCUUGAUGGUGAUUAUCGUGGCGAAGCGGCAGUCCAUCGAGCCGGGACUUGUCGGGUUGGGUCUAUUGAGCACCGUCAACCUGAGCAGCAACUUGACAAACUUGGUGCGGACCUGGACUCAGUUAGAGACCAGUAUUGGAGCCAUCAGCCGUCUCCGAAAUUUUGUCACGGAGGUAGAAUCGGAGCACCAAGCGUGGGAAGUCGAGUCGGUGCCGAACCAGUGGCCCGAGCACGGGCAGGUGAGUUUCACCGGAUUUGGAGCCAGCUACUCCCCAGACUCUAUGCUGGUUCUGCGGGACAUCGACCUGGACGUGCGACGUGGUGAGAAAUUGGGUAUUUGUGGUAGGUCCGGAAGUGGCAAGAGUUCCAUGCUGGCCAGUCUGUUUCAUCUUCUCGAAUUUCGCAGUGGCCGGAUUCAGAUCGAUGGGAUCGACAUCUCUCGUGUUCCACGCGAGACACUCCGUGGCAAGCUCAAUGUGAUCCCACAAGAGCCUUGGUGGGUGACCACCGAGUCCGUGCGGUUCAACAUGGAUCCAUGGACGGCCGCGAAUGGCGACUCCGACGAUCCCUUGGGACGCGGCGAGCGCGACGCAAUGUUCAUAUCCACGCUAACCAAGUGUCAAGUCUGGCACGUCAUCCAAGAGAAGGGGGGUCUGGACGCCACAAUGACGCCGGACUUCUUGAGCCACGGCCAACGGCAGCUUUUCUGCCUGGCCAGGGCGAUGGUGCGUCAGAGCAAAGUCGUGGUGCUGGAUGAAGUCAGUGCGAGCGUCGACGUGAAGACCGACCAGCUCAUGCAACAGAUCAUCCGCGAGAGAUUCCGCGACUGCACCGUCAUUGCGGUGGCGCACCGGCUGAACACCAUUGACGAUUCGGAUCGCGUCGCGGUCCUGAGUCAGGGGAGGGUGGUGGAGGUGGGUGAGCCGAGAGCAUUGCUGAGGGCGGAGGAAAGUUGGUUCAAGGAUCUAUACGAAUCAUGA